AUGUCUCCUAUUCAAGUGAAUAUGUCAGCUGUACAGGCGGCUAUUUCUGCAAAUGUAGAAGCCAUAGAUAUGGAACAGGCAAAUACAGUGGCUAAAGUAACAAAUCUGACCACCACUGUGAACAAUUUAGUUACAGAACAGGCAGAUUUAGUCGAGAAAGUGAAGAGUAUAACAAGUAAAGUGAACGAACUGUCCACAAGUGAAGGUUUUGUUGAAGUAUUAGCUGAUGUGACGUCGCUGAUCUACACGUGUUACGGUACCUUCAUGGGUUGGGCUGGAACGACUAUACCAAUCCUGGAGGCAGAAGAUUCACCAGUUCCACUCACCGCUGACGAGGGGUCCUGGCUCGCCUCCAUCAACUCACUCACCAUGCUGGUUACUAUAUUUGCCGCCGGCUAUGCAGUGGACGUCGUGGGGCGUAAAAAAGUGGCCCUUUUUGGAGCUGGACCUUUCGUCAUCUGGUGGUUGAUAGUGGCGUUCGCCGAUUCCUAUGGAAUGCUGCUCGCAGCACGAGCGAUUGGAAGCUUGGGAGCCGGUGCCAUUAUUACUGCCUUACCUGUUUUUCUGUGUGAGAUAGCCGACACCGACCUAAGGGGGACGCUAAUUGUGAUCCAUUACAUCCUGAUGCAGUGUGGCACCCUGCUUGUGUAUUGCAUUGGGCCUUACCUAUCCAUCACCACCGUUGCUCUCAUCUGCACCUCAAUUCCGAUAAUCUUCGUCUUGACAUUCAUCUGGAUGCCGGAGUCACCAUACUUCUUUCUCACGCAUCACAGAGAAGCGGAAGCUGUGAAGUGUCUCGAAAGACUCAAAGGCCAGCUAACGCCAGAGGAGCUCAAGUUUGAGCUGGAGUUGUUGUAUAAAGAUAUACGUGAGAAACAGCAAAACAAAGGAAAGUUCACGGACGUUAUCUUGGUGCCAGUGCACCGCCGGACGUUGCUCUUAGCGAUAGGAUUUAUUCUAUUUCAGAUGUCGGCAGGGUCGACCGCACUCACCACGUACACGACGUACAUAUUUGAGAAGAGUGGAAGCGAGCUCGACUCGAACAUCUCUUCCAUUAUCCUGACUGUCGUCACGCUUGGUGCAAACGUCGCGUCGUCGCUGGUCGUCGAGAGGUUCGAUCGGAGGCCCCUCUGCAUGGCGACUUUCUCGGCGUGCGCCAUCUGUCUGGCUGCAGAGGGAGCUUACUUCUACGUCGACGACAUCUACGGAGACGUGCCUACUGCCUUCGACUGGGUGCCACUCGCCGGCAUGAUUGGAUUCAAUAUUUCGUUCUCUAUCGGCCCGGCACCAGUGCUGUCCUUGUUUAUGGGUGAACUGUUCCACGUCUCUGUGAAGGGCAUCGGCGUGGCUAUUGGCACGGUCGUUAUAGCACUGUAUGGCUUCUUCCUCAAGAAGAUGUUCCAAGUGGUCUCUGACGGCCUGGGCGCCUACUACUCCUUCUGGGGCUUCACCGUGAUAACUGCCAGAGUUGGUCUGGGUGAGGCUGACUGCCUUGAUGUUGAUGGUCUCAGCUCAGGUGCUGUUGGUGACGUCACAUUGUUUCCCAGCGCGGGUCUGAGCUACCAACGCAGAGCUGGUGUGGUCUCCAUGGCACGAUCAGGACUUGACGGCAAUAUUGUUCGUUGA